AUAACAAAACCUUUCAAAAACAUUCAAAAUAAAAAAAUCUCAUAGGUCAGCAAAAAGAACAGCCCUAAAUAAGCCAACAGAAACCAUACAUGAACAGCAAAAAAGCAACUAUAAAUCAUAUAGAUAAGCCAAAAAACGGCUAUUAAUAAACAAAUCACAUAAAUCAUCCAAAAGACUAAGAAAAUGCUCCCAAAUCUCCAAAAAUCACAAAGAUAAAUAAGUCUUUUCUUUUCGAGUAUAGAGAUCAAAGAACCCACAAAGUAGAAAUGGAUGAUUCUAAGACCGUGAGGCAAAGUUCAGGAAAAGAGGGAAAAAAAAUAAUUUAAAGUGUCGAUUCACAUACCUGAGGUAUGCAAAGAUAAUCGAGUGAAGAAGUGAAGGGUAGGGAGGUUGGCUACUUUGCAGAAAACAAACCGAAAAUGUUGAGGGAACAACGACAGAUCAACUUUAUGCCCUUUGUAGCUUCCCUUGGUACUUGCAAUGGAGAGGGCAGCUGGAUCUGCUUGUAAUGGCGGAGAGAAUAGGGAGGAGAGAGAGAGAGAGAGAGAGAGAGAUGGUUGAGUGGCAGUCGAAAUGGAAAACCAAUUGGAUCGGUUCCCAUAACACACUUGUCACCUGUGACAAAUCCAUCAAAAUAUAACAGAGAGAUAGUCGGUCCUGGUAGGCAGCUAAAAAGGAAACAACGGCACACCAUAGCAUACAAGCAAGGCGGUUGGUGAUGGUGGCAUUCAUAAUAAUACCACAUAGAUUCACCCUCCGACUCUGCAACCAUCUCCACAACGCAACAACAGCAACACUUGUCCAAAAGACCAAAAGCGAUGACGAUGCAUACUCCUACUGUCUGCUCCUCCGAGCUCAUCUGAGGGACGGCAACCACAACCAAGUCCUCGAAUUGUAUGACCAAAUGCGUGCCUCUGGUCCGCAACCCAACAAAUUCGUGUUCCCUCUCGUCCUCAAGGCAUGCGCCAAGCUCUCUUCUCUCUCUCACACCCAACGCAUUCAUGCAUGUGUCGUCAAGAUGAGCCUCACCUGUGAUCCCCACGUUGCAUCUGCCAUGUUAAGCGCCUACUUCAAAUGCGACCAUGCUGAAGCAGCUCAUCUCUUAUUCGACAGGAUCCCCCAUGACCGCUCCAACAUUGUCCAUUGGACGGCCAUGCUGGUUGGGUGCGCCAACAUGGGUUCAUACUUAGAUGUGCUCUCCCUCUUCUCUCGGAUGAUGAUGACGAGGGGAAUGAAGCCCAACGAGUUCACCUUAUCCACCACCCUCUCUGCCUGUUCAAGAAGUGGGAUGUUAGGGAGUGGAAGAGGGCUUCAUGCCUACAUCAUCCGACAUGGAUUCACCACGGACGCCUUUGUUUUGAGCGCUCUGUUGGAUAUGUAUGCCAAGUGUGCGAGUUUACAACACUCAUGCAUCAUAUUCGAUGGUGCUACCCACAGAGACGCCGCUCUCUGGAACUCCAUGAUCAUGGCUUAUGGGAUGCAUGGGUUUCCAGAGAAGGCCUUCUCUGCUUUUGAGGGGAUGGUGAAAUCAGGACUGCGACCAGACAAGGUGACGUUCGUGCAUUUGCUAUCGGCGUGCAGCCACACCGGGCUGCUAGACAAAGGUUUGGGCUACUUAAAGACCAUGGGAUCAAAGUACGGCAUACAGCCAAGUGAGGACCAUUAUGCCUGCAUUGUGGACCUGCUCGGCCGCCAUGGCAGGGUUGAAGAUGCAGAGAAGCUUGUGAGGAGCGGCAUGAUGAUGAACAAGAAACUACUUGAUGGUGCAGUUUUGGGAGCUCUCCUUCAUGCCUGUAGGAUUCAUGGGAAAACCGAUGUCGGGAAGGCAGUGGCAGAGAAGCUGUUCAAGUUGGAGCCUGGGAAUGUUGGGAAUUAUGUGAUGAUGUCGAACAUGUAUGCAGAGGCAGGGAGAUGGGAAGAAAUGCGUCAGGUUAGGGAUGCAAUAAAGGAGAAGGGAUUGAAGAAGAGACCAGGAUGCAGCUGGAUUGAGGUGGAGAAACAAGUCCAUAUCUUUGUUGCUGGGGAUCUAAACCAUCCCAAAUUAGCAGAUAUGCAUUCCGCCAUUGAAAGCUUGGAUGCCCAGAUGAGAUUUGACUGUCAAUACAAAGACAGACAUCUUGAGCAAACCAAGGAUUGUCGUGAAGGAAUUGAUGUCUUGACAUACUUAUAGUAACAUGCAGAUGGGCAUCCUUUCCUUGAUGUGUC